AUGGCGCCGGCAGCUCCCCGUCGCUCUCUUGCAGGUGCGGUUAGGCGCUGGCGGGAGCAGGGCCGGGUGGCCGUGUGGCUGCACGUGCCCAUCCUGCAGAGCAGGCUCGUGGCCGCGGCUGCCGCGCAGGGCUUUGCCCUGCACCACGCCGAGGCGGACGGCUGCACGCUGGCGCUGUGGCUGGGAGAGGGGCCCAGCAGGCUGCCCCCGUACGCCACGCACCAAGUGGGAGUCGCAGGUGCUGUUUUAGAUGAAAGCACUGGAAAGGUGUUGGUCGUACAAGACAGAAAUAGGACUGUAAACGCAUGGAAGUUUCCAGGAGGCCUCUCUAAUCCAGGCGAARACAUUGGAGACACAGCAGUUCGAGAGGUUUUUGAAGAGACCGGCAUCAGGUCCGAGUUCAAGUCCAUCCUAAGCGUGCGGCAGCAACACAGGCACCCCGGAGCCUUUGGCAAGUCCGAUAUGUACUUCAUCUGCCGCCUGGAGCCUUCCUCCUUCACCAUCAGCUUCUGCGAGCAGGAGUGCCUGAGCUGCGUGUGGAUGGACCUCGCUGAGCUGGCCAGGACCAAAGACGCUACUCCCAUCACCAGCAGUGUGGCCAAGCUCCUGCUUUACGGGCACCGGGAAGGGUUUGAGAAGAUCGAUAUGACCAUGAGGGAGCUGCCGGCUGCUCACACAGGCCUGUUCUACAAGCUGUACCACAGGGAGCUGCCCGAGUCCUAUAGAAAUAUUACAGGCUAGGAACUAAUUUCACAUUUCAUUAAAUUAAUUAUUUAGAAUGUUUCAUGUCAAGUUAUUUGGAGCAUGUUAAAGUUACUCAUGGACUGCUUUUAGGAUGGAAGUCAAUAUUCUAUUUUUGAAUAAGCAACAGAUAAAUUAUUUUAAAUGGUAAAUAAG